GCUUUUUUCGGGGACGCUCGGGACGCAGGUUCGCUCUCGACCGAGGACGCGACCGGUUCGUCGCGCACUGGUCCCAACACAAGUGGGUGGUUGACGCACCAAGGACACGCCGGUGCGCAAACGUUGUGGUUGCAUCGUCGGCAUGAACCGGACAGAGGGUUGGGAGCGAUCAUACCAUAGGUCGAGGGGCAGCCCCCACAUGGAGUCGCCGGCGGCGUGAACGAACGGGCCAGCCUCGCCCCUCGCCGCAGAUUGUAUCCCUCGCUGCAUCCGGCAACGACCAUGCCACACCUUUGGGGAUUUCGCCGACCCGACGACGCUACUUUUCCAUCCUCACGAGUCGCACCUUGCACUGUCUCGUUGAAGUUUGAGUAGGGCAAGGUCGACAACGACGUGCGCAAGAUCGCGACGAUGCAAAGUUGCAUUUGCCACGUGCAGGAUGGAAGGUGUGCCGUUGCUGACGUCGACGCAGUCGACGGUGGCGCCGCCUGCCCGAUCGUUCAAGGCGCUUCUGGGCGUUGCGUUUGUGUUUGCCGGCAUCUUUGUGUGCUCGGUGGUCACGGUCAACCAGCACACGACCCACGGACCGUCGCCGCCGUCGUCGAAUGCCACGGCGUUUUCGGGCGACUUGCGCAAGCGGUGCUCGGAAUUGUACAUGACGCAAACGCUCAACCAUUUUGAAGCGAUCCCGGACACGUACAGCCAACGGUACUUUGUGUGCUCGGAAUUCUGGCACGGCGACGGCGCGCCCAUCUUUUUUUACGUGGGCAACGAAGCCGACGUCGAGUUGUAUUUGAACCACACGGGCCUCAUGUGGGAGAAUGCGGCCGAGUUUGGCGCGCUCCUCGUGUUUGCCGAGCACCGAUUCUUUGGCAAGUCCGUCCCGUACGGCGCCGACGCGUCCAAACAUUUGCAACAUUUGUCGUCGGAGCAAGCGCUCGCGGACUACGCGGUCUUGUUGCGCGAGAUCAAGGCGGCAAGGAACGUGACCAAGAGCGCCGUCAUUGGGUUUGGCGGGUCGUAUGGGGGCAUGCUCGGCACGUGGUUCCGCAUCAAGUACCCCCAUGUGAUUGACGGCGUCAUUGCCGGAUCGGCCCCUGUGCUGUCCUUCCUCGGGGACACCCCCCCCGCCAACCUGACAGCGUACAGCCAAAUCGUCACGUUUGAUGCGUCGGCUGCCGGUGGCUCGGUGCCGAAUUGCGUCGCCAACGUGCGGCGGUCGUGGGAUGUGCUGUUCGAAUCGGCCAAGACAGCCGAAGGCCGCAAGUUUAUGGGCGAUGCUCUCGGGCUGUGCGAGCCGCUAGCCACGGAAGAAGACGCGCUGUCGAUUCCUGGAUGGAUGAAGAGCGCGUACGAGUACUUGGCGAUGGGCAACUACCCGUACCCUUCGUCGUACAUCAUGAACGGCGUGAGUGAACUGCCAGCGUACCCGGUGCGAGCCGCGUGUUUGCCGCUCGAGCCGCUCUUCCCCGCCACGAAAGAAGGCAAUCGGUCGCUCCUGCACGCCAUGCGCGCCAGUAUCGGCGUGUACUACAACAGCACGUUCGACACGCCGUGCUACAGCACGUCGUCGCCGUCGGCCGAGAGCCAAGUGGACGCCAACUAUUGGGACUACUUGUUUUGCUCCGAGCUGUACCAGCCCCAAGACCAAGGGGUGAACGACAUGUUUUGGCUCGACCUGCACAACGACACGGCGAUGGCGGAGGAGUGCCUCGCCCAGUGGAAUGUGACGCUGCGUCCGCUGUGGGCGACGACCGUGUACGGCGGCCACAAGGCGCUCAAAGACACGUCGAACAUUGUGUUUUCCAACGGCAAUUACGACCCGUGGUCCGGCAUGGGCGUCCUCGAGGAUAUGUCCGAGUCGGUUGUCGCUGUCAAGGUUGACGGCGGCGCGCAUCAUUUGGACUUGAUGUUUUCCCAUCCGCUCGACUCGCCGGGGGUCAAGGCAGCGCGUGAAGUUGAAAAGGCCCAUAUCCGCAAGUGGAUUCAACAGGUGCACGACGCCCGUGGGAAAAACUAGUGGCGACCACGGCGCGCGCUGCAAUCGAUGGUCGUUGCGCAUCGGAGCUGCCAUUGCUUUCUUAAACACGUGACCACUUGACCAACGAUGAUGCAUUUCGUUUACAUGUCGUA